AUGGCUCCUCAACAACAAGACACCCAAAGCGCGGGUACGAGCACCACUGCGUCUUCCAUCGCGGAGAAGUCGGAGUCUGUUACUAAGCAUAAGCCCAUCAAGAACGCGCUCAAUGAUGAGGUCGAGCAUUUCGAGUUCGACCACCCUGAACUUCGCAGCGUUUUCCCCACCACCAAGCACGACCCAAUUCCAGUGCUGCAGUACGAGGACCGAGGACUGAUGGCCGACCCGACGUUCAAGAAUUUGCUCAAGGAUGCCUCGGUGACGCAGUUGUCGCCGAGGAUCGGCACGGAACUGUCGGGCAUUCAACUGCAUCAGUUGACGAACGCGCAGCGCGACGAGCUUGCUCUACUGGUGUCACACCGCGGCGUGAUCUUUUUCCGUGACCAGGAGAUUAAUAUUGAGCAGCAGCUCGAUCUUGGUCGGUACUACGGCCCACUGCACGUGCACCAGAAUCUCGGUCACCCGGAAGGGCACCCUGUAGUGCUGGUGGUCGAGGACUCGGUGGGGGACAGUGACCGGAUCAUUCAACGCCAGCAGUACGACCCAGACAACGUGUGGCACAGCGACGUUUCCAACGAGCGCCAACCUCCUUCGUACACAAGCUUCAAAGUGCUAACGAACCCUCCACUUGGAGGUGGCACGUUGUGGGCGUCCGCAUACGAGGCUUACGAGCGCCUCACACCGCCGUUUAAGACAUUCAUCGAGGGAUUGACGGCGAUUCACAGCAGCAAGGCCCAAGCCGAGCGAGCAGGGAGACGUGGACACACGAUUCGUCGAGCUCCGGUGGAGUUCGAGCACCCGGUUGUACGCACCCACCCGGUAACUGGUCGUAAGGCUCUAUUUGUCAACCCCGCGUUCACCAGACGCAUCCCGCAGCUCUCUUCUCGCGAGUCAGAUGCGGUGCUCAAAGUUUUGUACAAGCACAUCACGGAGGGCCACGAGUUCCAAGUUCGAUUCCGCUGGACCAAAAAUGCUGCUGCGGUCUGGGAUAAUCACAUCACGACUCACUUCGCGACGUUCGACUACUUACCAGGCAACCGACACGCGGUUCGAGUGACUACGCAAAAAGAGAUCCCCUACUUGGACGAAAGACCUUUCUCGUCAUUCUUCAAUUCGCAUCCAAUGGCGUCAACUGCCACGAUCGUCGACCCGCAAAGCUGCUGCAGCGCCAAUGCCGAGCUCUAUCGCGACGGGGAUGGCAUGCGCUGGAGCUUCAUGUUGAACUUAACGGACAUUUCCUACGGCACCUACGGCAACAACAAGUUCUACAUGGGGCAGCUCAUCGUAGACCGCGGGCGCUUCGUGGUCUUCCGCAAAUGGGGCCGCGUGGGCGCCAAGACACCGCAGUCAAAAACUGAGUUCUACAGCAGCGUCGAAGAGGCUGAGUGGGCCUUCCAGAAGGUCUUCCAGUCGAAAAGCGGCAACAAGUGGCCGCUCACGGAGCCUUUUGUCCGCAAGAAAGGCAAAUACUUCCUCGUCGAGCUGGACGACGGAGAGCCCGAAGGAUCAUCUGCAGAUGUUGAGGCGAAGGUGGAGGAAAAGCACGCAGUGGCGUCCAAACUGCCACGAGAAGUGCAAAGCAUCGUCCAGCUCAUCUGCGACCCAGAGGUGGUGACGCGAGAAAUGGCCAGCCUGAAUGUGGACCUGAAGCGCUUUCCGCUCGGUAAACUGUCGAAGGCGCAGAUAUCGCAGGGCUACGAAAUCCUACAGCGCCUUUCAGCUGCAUUGGAGGAGAUGGAACAGCUGGCAACAGCUUCUGCUCCAGCCACGAAAGCCAAAGCUGGCGCGAAAAGUAGACGAAAGGCCAAGGCGAAAGCGAAGGGACCGACUGCAGCUACCACCAAAAGUCUGUCGGCACUCCAAGCAGCGAUCAAGUCGCUCUCCAGCGAGUUUUACUCGCUCAUCCCGCACGAUUUCGGUCGCUCUUUGCCGCCAGCUAUCGAUACGAUGGCAGAUCUCAAACUGAAGCUGGAGCUGCUCGAAGUGCUGUCGAAUCUGGAGAUCUCGCAGAUGCUGCGGAAGCAAGAAGCCGAGAAACGGAGCGGACCUGCGAUCCAUCCUCUGGACAUGCACUACAACAUGCUCAACACGAACAUGGAGCCGCUGAAAAAGCGCGGCAAGGAGUACAAGAUCAUCGAGAGAUUUAUCCAGAAGACCCACGGCGGUAGCAAGCUCAGUAUCAACACAAUUCUCAAGAUUGCGCGUCCGGACGAAGACACCCACAAGGACGUGCUAGGAUCUCUUGACAACCACAUGUUGCUGUGGCACGGCUCCCGUCUGUCGAAUUUCGUGGGCAUUCUAUCGCAGGGGCUGCGUAUUGCCCCGCCUGAAGCUCCCAAGAACGGAUAUCAGUUCGGCAAGGGGGCAGUGCUGCUGCUCGCAGACGUCGCACUGGGCACGCCGUUCAAGACUCCAAACGGCGAGUUUCUGGACUACAAGACGGUGAAAGAGCAACGCGGAUGCGACAGCACACACGGACUUGGACGCAUGGCACCGGCGGAAAAUGAGUUCGAGACGCUGCCCGACGGCGUGGUUGUGCCCGCCGGUACGCUGAAGGCAGUGGACGGUAGCCAGUAUUUGAUGUACAACGAGUUCAUCGUCUAUCGCCGCGAGCAGGUCCAGCUGCGCUAUCUGGACGCGAAUGGUGUCACCUGGAGCUUCAUGCUCAACUACACCAACAUCUCGUUCGGGACGUAUGGAAACAACAAAUUCUACAUGGUGCAGCUGAUCCAGGUCGGCAAUAACUUCAUGGUCUUCCGCAAGUGGGGACGCGUCGGAGCCAAAAACCCGCAGCGCGCUCUGGAGCGCUACAACACGUCGCUGGAGAAAGCGCAGGCGUCUUUUACGAAAAAGUUCUUGGACAAGAGCGGUAAUGCAUGGCCAUUGACAGGGCCGUUUGAGAAGGUGGAGGGCAAAUACGUGCUCGUUGAACUGGACGACGAAGUGGCAGAAGAGGAGGAACAGAUGAGCGACGUCGAGAAGGAAGAAGAAGAGGUGGCGUCGACUCUACACGAGACUGUCCAAGAAGUGUUGAAGAUCUCGCGGGGUUACGCGUUGCUCCAGCAGCUCUCUGAAGUGCUCAAGGAAAUUGAAGAUCUCAACAAGGUUGCUGCAAAUACUCAUGAGGCACCUCCUGCAAAGCGGACCGGAACACGAAGAUCCACUCGGGUCAAACGAGCGGCCAAGCCAAAUGCCGUGCAGAUCCGCCGCUUAAAGGCUGGUCUGAAGACCCUUUCAAGCGAAUUUUACACUCUGAUUCCGCACGACUUCGGGCGAAACUUACCGCCCCCGAUCGAUUCGCUGGACGAGGUGAAGCUGAAGAGUGACUUGCUCGAGGUGCUGGCGAAUAUCGAGAUUUCGCAGAAGUUGCAGGCUGAAAAGAAGAAGAAUGCAAAGAAGAAUGCCGGCGCUAAGCUGAACUCGCUCGACGCGCAGUACAACAUGCUUAACGUCAAGAUGGAGCCACUUCCUGAAGCUACCGAGGAAUUCAGGAUCAUCGAAAAAUACGUGGAGACCACGCACGCUCCGACCCACGUGCAGUAUAAACUGCGGAUAAAAUCUGUUCUCAAGAUUGCGCGUCCGAAUGAAGAAAAGUUCAAGGACGUUUUUCAGUCCGUGAACAACCACAAGUUGUUGUGGCACGGGUCUCGCCUCUCGAACGUCAUCGGUAUCUUGUCUAAGGGCCUUCGCGUAGCCCCACCCGAGGCACCAAACAACGGAUACAUGUUCGGCAAAGGAGUGCGUGGAGAUUACUUCACUGAGGUGGCUUUGGGUGCCCCCUACAAGGCUCAAGAAGCGGACGAUCUGACGUAUACAACCUUGAAGAAAACCAAGGGAUGUGAUAGUACACACGGAGUUGGCCGCAUGUCUGCCCUCGAAGAAGACUACGAGACCAUGGAGGACGAUGUGGUUGUUCCCAUCGGUGAGUUAAUGCCAUCGGACGGCAGUGGCUCGUUGCUCUACAACGAGUUUAUCGUGUACCGCCAGGAACAAGUGAAGUUGCGGUAUCUGGUCAAUCUCGACUUCCUAUUCGAGGACGAGGAAGAGGAGGAGGCGUAG